AAAAAGGCAAAAUGAAAGCGCGGGAAAACCAACGAAGGCAACCGCUGCGACGGCCGCGAAAGGCGGAGAUUGGCGGCGCCGAAGAAAUGGAAGACGACGAUCUUGAGUUAGAGAAAGUUAAGCUAAUUAGCUUAGCUCUUGAAUUUGGAUUUGAUGAAGACUCCGCUAAAACUUGCUUGAAUCGCCUCGUUGAGCUCUACGGUGAUGAUGGGCGAGAUUUCAUCUCUGUGGAGCACUGUGGAGAUGAUUUUCUUGCGGCGCUGGCAGAGUCUAUGCAAGACACUGAGGAUUGGGAUGAUUUGCAAGCCAUUGAAACGGAGGCUUGUGGAGCUCUAGCUGAUAUGUUGGGUAAGGAUGUUCGUGAAAACUGUAAAGUUGAUUGUCAUGAGGAUUCUAGCACCUACAUCCAUGUUAUUGAGGAUUCACCCCAACAGCAAAGGCGUGCAAAAGCAGUAAUGUUGGAUUCUUCAAGUGACAGUGAAGAGAUGGGUUUUAGCUUUGCCCGCAAAGAGGAUGUCGCAUCUACCUCAAAGAUUCGUCUUGAUAGAAGCUACCAGGGCAUGACUCCACAAUCAGGGUGCCGUACCUCAACGUCGAUGGAUUAUAAGAGCGUGGUUACUGAAGGUUCAGUUUCAUCAGUCUCCGCUGAAAUGGAGUGCUCCUUGGGGUCAAAUCACCGGGAUGGAACCCUUAGUUAUGAAGAGUUGCAAAGGUUGGAUGAUAUUGAACUGGCAAAUGUGGUAGUAUUUGGAAACAGGUCCUUUCGACCUCUACAACAUCAAGCUUGUCAAGCAUGUCUUCAAAAGCGUGAUUGCUUCGUUCUUAUGCCAACUGGAGGUGGUAAAAGUCUUUGCUACCAGCUUCCAGCGAUUGUACAACCUGGUGUUAUGAUUGUUGUAUCCCCCCUACUUUCCCUAAUUCAAGAUCAGAUAAUCACACUUAACCUCAAGUUUGGGAUACCGGCAACCUUUUUAAAUUCCCAACAAACUCCCUCACAAGCUGCAGCUGUACUACAAGAAUUAAGGCAAGAUACACCGUCAUGCAAGCUCCUCUAUGUAACUCCUGAGAGGAUAGCUGGAAAUUUAUCAUUUCAAGAAACCUUAAAAUGUAUGCAUGGAAAGGGACAAUUGGCUGGAUUUGUUAUUGAUGAGGCUCACUGUGUGAGCCAAUGGGGACAUGAUUUUCGACCAGAUUAUAGAGUACUAGGAUGUCUUAAGCAAAAUUUUCCAGAUGUUCCAGUGAUGGCAUUAACUGCCACAGCAACCCACGCAGUCCGUGAAGAUAUCUUGAAAGCUUUAAGAAUUCCUCGUGCCCUUGUCCUUGAGACCAGCUUUGAUAGAUCCAAUUUGAAGUAUGAAGUAACUGGAAAGAGCAAAGAGCCACUCAAGCAACUUGGGAAUCUGUUGUUGGAUCGGUUCAAGAAUCUAUCUGGAAUUGUGUACUGCCUAUCCAAAAGCGAGUGCGUGGAUGUCUCAAAAUUUUUGAAUGAGAAAUGCAAAAUCAAAACAGCAUACUAUCAUGCUGGUUUAGCAUCUCGUCAGAGGGUUGCAGUUCAGAAGAGGUGGCGCUCUGGGGAAGUUGAUGUUGUUUGUGCCACUAUUGCUUUUGGAAUGGGAAUUGACAAACCUGAUGUUCGGUUCGUUGUUCACAAUACAAUGUCCAAAUCUAUUGAAAGUUAUUAUCAGGAAGCUGGAAGGGCAGGUAGGGACAACCUUCCUGCUACAUGUGUCAUAUUAUACCAAAAGAAGGAUUUCAGUCGAGUUGUAUGCAUGCUAAGAAGUGGGCAAGGGUAUAAAAGAGACAGCUUGAAGAGGGCCAUGGAACAAGCUCGAAAAAUGCAGAAAUACUGUGAACUUAAGACUGAAUGCCGCAGAAAAUUGUUACUUGAACACUUUGGAGAGUCCUUUGACCAAAAUUCUUGCAAGAAUGGUUCUAAUCCAUGUGACAACUGUCUCAAGUCUUCCUCGUGAAGGUUCUACAUUUUAAUCCCAAGAGAAGUCCACAAUACCAAUCUCAAGCUUCUAUUUGCUCAAACGCCAAAUCCGUCCUAAACAUGUACCGCUUGAUGGGGAUGGUGACUUUUAAAGUUUCGAGCAGCUGCGGUAUGGUUCAGUUUUGAUUAAGUAAACUUGGCAGGUUUUAUUAGUGACUAGGGUAAUUUGUAAUAAGGUCAUCUUAUACAACAAGGUGCUCAUCUUCAGGAGGCAAAAGAUGCUUCUCGGAGUCGCAAGUGCAAGUCCUGCACUUAUGGCUCAAGGAGGUGAAAGCUCUCUCUUUACUGUCAUCUUAUUUUUGGCCCAAACCUAAGAGUCAAAUGAUCGGCUUCAAGAAAGUAUAAACGAAGCACAUGAUGGUUGUAUAGCAAUUUUGACAGCUCGUAUUGUACAUGUUAACUUACCCCAGCAUUAAUGAGAUAGCUAGCUUUAUUGUAUAUUUCUCCUUCAAAGUGAACGCAUUGACAUAUUUGGGUUGUUCCUCAUGCUCUGCCUUGAAGUCUUCAUGCAUGAGUAUUUGUUAGAAACCGCUUCAUAUGUGGUAGCAAA